AUGACUUUAAGAAAUUACGAGACUGAUUGUGCAUUACGCGUGAAGGAACUUUAUAGCCAACGUAACCAGUUGCAAGAGAAGGCCGAGAUCUUGACCAGGGAACGUGAUACUGUGAACCAACAAAUUCGUACCGCUGUCACCAAGGAGUCUCGACAACCUUAUAUCGCACAAGCAAAACACUGGAAAGACCAGUUACGUCAAGUGCAAGAUCAACUUGUUCGAUUAGAGUCCGAGUUGAUUAACCAAGCACUUUUGAUCCCCAAUGAUACACACACACAAGUUCCUAUAGGACCUGAAAGUAAUGCUAGACUCGUAAAGACUAUUGGUACGCCACGCUUAUCUACUGCUGAAACACCUCUUGCGGACCACGUUGAAUUGGCUGAGCGACUUGACAUGGUGGAUUUCGAACAAGCGUCUCUUGUGACAGGAUCCAAAUUUUAUUAUUUAAAGAAUUACGGAGCUUGGUUAGAAUUUGCAUUAAUUCAAUAUGCGAUGCACAAGGCAGCUGCCAAAGGAUUUAGCCCAGUAUUAGCACCUGAUAUGGUACGUACCUCUAUUGCUUACGGGUGUGGAUUCCAACCUAGAAAGAAGGAGGCCUCGCAAAUCUAUGAUGUUAGUACACCAAGUACACAUGCAUCAGCACCUAAAUUAUGCCUGGUAGGAACAGCAGAAAUUCCGUUGGCUGGUAUGUUUGCCAAAAAAUUGUACAAAGAACAAGAAUUGCCCAAAAAGAUUGUUGGAUUUUCGCAUGCUUUUAGAGCGGAAGCUGGACAUGGGUCUGCAGAAGAACGUGGGUUAUAUCGUGUCCAUCAAUUCUCCAAAGUUGAAUUAUUUACUGUUACUACACCGGGACAAAGUGAAGCCAUGUUGCAAGAAUUACAGGAUUUACAAGAAGAUCUGUUCAAGGAUUUAGGUUUAUGUUUCAGAGUAUUGGACAUGCCUACAGAAGAAUUGGGAGCUAGCGCAUAUCGAAAAUAUGAUAUCGAGGCUUGGAUGCCAGGCAAGAAUGGAUGGGGAGAGAUCUCAUCUACUUCAAACUGUACAGAUUAUCAAACACGUCGUUUAGAUGUGAGAUAUUUGAAAAACGAAUUUCAAGAGAAUGAAGGUGCAAAGGAUGUACGUGUUCCAUGGCAUAUUAAGGAGAAAUUUGUUGAUUACUGUCACACCUUAAACGGUACAGCUAUGGCAGUGCCUCGUGUGAUUAUUGCUCUACUAGAGACCCAUCAAAAUGCCGAUGGCACAAUCAAUGUACCUUUAGCGCUUCGUAAAUGGAUUCCCGGAGAACCAAGUAUAUUAAAAUAA